AUGACCUACCUGCGAGAUCCAGUCAACCGUUUCAUCAGUGAGUGGAUGCACGUCAGACGUGGCGCCUACUGGCCCAAAGAAUACCUGUGUAACGGUAGAAACGCCACACCCAGUGAGCUGCCCAGCCACAACCUUGGCUUUAACCGCAUGACCAGAAUGUUGGCUAACCUGUCUUUGGUCAACUGCUACAACAGAACUGGACUCUCCAAAGACUUCGUGGACAAGACUCUACUCAACAGCGCCAAGGAAAAUCUGCGGGCCAUGGAGUUCUUUGGCCUGACAGAGGAGCAGGAAAAAUCUCAGUUUUUGUUUGAGGUCACGUUUGGUGUGUUGCUGGCCAAACGAACGGUCAGGCAUGAGCUAACGGUAGCGUCAACGGUUCAAAUCACAGAUGAGAUGUUGUCAGUUAUAAAAGAUAACAACUUGCUGGACAUAGAACUUUACAGCUUUGCUCAGGAAUUGUUUACACAGAGAGUGGUGGAGGCGGAGACGAGGCUUGGUUUUAAUACUAGCAUUUAUUUCAAAAGAAGAUUUUUUGAUUAG